UUAUUUUAUUGUGGUUUAAAAGUUUGUUUAUAUCGCACAAUCAUUAUUAUCAUAAGAAGAUUAAAAUGGCGUACCGGACAAAAAUUUGCAAUCAAGGUGGAAUCUUUAAUGCAUCUAGACCAUCCGAAUACAGCUCGGAAACUCGGAAAUUUUUGAACGAGUUGAUAAAGGAGAGCCGCUUAACGACAUUACAAAGAAAAUCUUUACAGGGUUGGCUAAGAUCCGGCGGUGAUUCGCCGUCAACGAUAUCUAACCGUCCAGUGUCCGCAGUGUCUGCAAAUCCCAUCAAGCGGUAUCGGUCGACCAGACCGCGAACGUUGAAGAAUAUCAUCGAGUCAGGAGCGUAUGAACCAGAAGCCUACAAACCGAGCUCAAAACAAAAAAAUUACAACGGAGAAAAAGAAAAACUGCAGAGUAUUAUGGCUUACGGCAAAGUGACUAAAUUGGAUCCGGUAGCUGUAGUUAAAGUUCCCAAUACCCCGAAAACUACUAAUGAAUGUACCGAUGAAGAACUUAUUAACUCAGUGAUAUUAGAAAUUGAAGAUCGUGAAAAGUUUCUAUCAGACAUGGAGGAUUUGGGACAAGGGUCCAAGUACAAUGCCUCUAUAAUUCAUGAGAUUUGUGACCGAAUCAAAAAACUGGAAGUGUUUGUCAGUAAAAAUGCCUGUAGUUAUAGGCAAGCAGACGUGCAGGGCAUUGCGAAUAAAUAUCGAAUACCAUUGGGAUUACCAAAAACACUACCGGGAUCGUUAUCUAUCAUUUAAAUUAUGUAUGAAUUUAAUUCUCUAUUUCUAAACAAAAAAAGUUUUAAUAAAAUUAUAUCAUUUAAUUCAAUAAAUUUUCCAGCAUCGAGCUAGAAACUAACAAUAAUAUGACAUUGUCCGUAUAGUAUACGUCUGUAAAAAUUUUAAAUUUAAAUAUAAAUUGAAAGAGUGCACAAAAAUGUAAAUCUAUUUCGUUGCGUUCAUUUUAACAUGUAUGUAAAUUUUGACCUGAAAUAAACAUAUACUUUUACACACACACACACACACACACACACACACACACACAAACACACACACACACACACACACACACACACACACACACACACACACACACACACACAUAUAAAUAUAUAUAUAUAUAUAUAUAUAUACAAACACAUAGGUCUUUAUAACUACCGCACUAAAUAGAAUAUUGCAUAUUAUUAUGAUAUCUCCACGACAAAUUAAUUACUUUUAAUAUAAUUUUUGAGGUAGCAAUUAAUGGUAAAAUAAUGUAUUUUAAUUAUCUAUCGAUCUGAAUUUAAUCAUUAUGUUUUCUAGUAUUCUCGGUGAAACUUCAUAAAUCACGUAUUUCUUAUUGCACACCUAAUUAUAUCACUAAAUACGUAGUAUAAUUACUUUAGAUGCAAAUAAUAUUAAGUAAAUAAUACAUGUUUACAACAAUUUUAAUAUUGUUUUAUAUUCUCAAAGCACCUAGGUUUUAUAAAGUAUUUUAUUUAUUUGAAUUUUAAUUCCUAUGAAUUAUAAAGAUUACCCCUGUUAAACAGUACACAACUCAAUGUAGAUAAUACAUACAUUUUUUGAAUUUGCAGAAUAAUAAAUUACCUAAAUAACUAGGUACUGUAAAUUACAUGACAAUACAUAUUUUUAAGUUUCAAAGUGUACUUUUAAUGUAAACAAUGACAUUAAAUAUACAAUAAUUCUUUUUUCAAAGAAAAAUCAUAGGUAAUAUUGUUAUA